AUGAACCAGGUGCUUGCAACUUGCUGGACUUGCCUCCUGCUGUCUGCCUUCCUGUGCGAGCCUGCACUGUGCAAAGGUGGCCGCGGCGGGUCCAGGGGCUCGUCCCGAGGCUCCCCUGCCCGUAGUUCCACAGCAGGUACCUACCGCGGGGCAGGCAGCUACGGUGGCCCACGCUCUCGCUUCAGGGUGGCGGGGCGGACAUCCCCGGUGAGGGUAGCCGCUGCCGCGGCUGCGGGGGCUGCAGUGGCCCUGACGGCAGAUAAAUGGUACGCAUCCGCUUACCGCCGCAACAAUGCAGAGAGCUCAGAGGAUGAGCUGGAUUAUUACAACAGGACCGGCUACUUUGAUGCCCAAAUGUCUGGCUCCACAAGGGGAGCCUCUUUCUGCCAAAUGCUUUCUGUCACCAUGGCAACACUCUUCUCCAAUGCACUCCUGCUGGACUCAAUACUGUAG